ACAUUACAGACUAAUCAUCAUUUGUAUAGGAUUUUUAAGAAGUUGUUUUUUAGCGAGAUUUAAACAGCAGUGAGGACUGUGAGUUUAUUGACCAUGACAUCUAAACCUACAUGCUUGAUUGUGGCCAGUGCAACACCUCAAGGGGUGUCGGCUCGGUCUUUCCAGCAGUGUUUCUCUCUGUGUAGUCCUGUGUUCAACCUGCAGACAGCUACACCAGGGGGGAAAACUAUUGACUUCGUCGGGAUUGAUGAGAGCUCCUCUCGAUGGGUUCAGGAUUUCAGCGUCAAACCAUACGCCACUCCUGCCAAACUGGAGUCUAUUGAUGGUGCCCGCUACCAGGCUCUCCUGAUCCCAGACUGCCCCGGAGCUUUGAAGGACCUUGCUCACAGUGGCUCUCUGGCACGCAUCCUCACACACUUCAGCUCUCAGAAAAAACCUGUGUGUGCUGUGGGACAGGGGGUUUCUGCACUCUGCUGUGCCACAGAGGGACAGACAUGGAUAUUUAGUGGAUACAGCUUGACUGGACCCUCUGUGUUUGAGCUGGUGCGCUCCCCAGAUUUUGCCAACCUUCCUUUGAUCGUGGAAGACUUUGUGAAAGACAAUGGUGGAUCCUACACAGCUAGUCAAGAGGAUGCGCUGCAUGUAGUCCUGGACCGCCACCUAGUGACUGGACAGAAUGUUCAGUCUACAACAGCAGCAGUUAAUAAUCUGAUCCUGUUGUUUAACAGCAGGUGAAAUCCAUUGUAUAAAAAGCAGUGUUGACCAGUGACACUGGAAUACUUCAGUGUAAGAAGAAUCAUUUUAACAUUCCAGCAGUUUGUCUUAAUAGAUGUUCUAAAUUGUGCUACACUGAAACUACUUGAAGAUCUUGGAAGAAUUAGAAAAAAAAAUAUUUGGUGUAGUUCUAAAAGAUUUACAAUCUUUAUGUAGUGAAAAUGCUGUGGAAAAAACAAUUACAGACUGACCAAAGAAUGCCUGAAGAAUGACCUCAAAGUAAUGCAGUGUUAAAUUUGAGUUGACCAUUAAUUAAUACCUCUUUAUACACGUAUUAACUGUAGCCUGGUGUCAGUAUAAAGCAUUAUAAAUUACAGUACACAUCA